GGAGCAAGGAGAGGAGGAGAAAGAGGAGGAGGAGGAGAAAGGCGAAGAAAAACAGACGGAGCCGGGGAGACGAGAAAGCAAGGGAGGAAGAAAGAGGCAGAAAGGGCGUGUUUAGGCGCUACGUCUCCCCUCCCCUUUCUCAGGUCCCAGCUCGGGCUCUGCGCGCUCGCUCUCGGGCUACAGCUCCCCGCGGGCGAAGCUGGGCGUCGGGUGCGAUAGCCCGGGCCGCCCCUCGGGCCGCCGCCCCGCGCCAGCCCGCGCUCCCCACCGCGCGCUCCCCACGCCCAGCCCGGAGCCUCCGCGGGGCGCCCUCCAGUCCCCUCCCCCUCCGCCUCGCGCCCUCCCCGGGGCUGCGACACCCCCGGCGGCCCCGCCGCGCGGAGCUCCAGGCCAUGGGCUCGGGGCGCGUCCCCGGGCUCUGCCUGCUCGUCCUGCUGGUCCACGCUCGCGCCGCCCAGCAUGGCAAAGCUGCGCAAGAUGUAGAUGAGUGUGUGGAGGGCACGGAUCACUGUCACAUUGAUGCCAUCUGCCAGAACACCCCACGGUCAUACAAGUGCAUCUGCAAGUCCGGCUACACGGGGGAUGGCAAGCAUUGCAAAGACGUGGAUGAGUGUGAACGGGAGGACAACGCUGGCUGUGUGCACGACUGUGUCAACAUCCCUGGUAAUUACCGGUGUACCUGCUACGACGGGUUCCACCUGGCACACGACGGACACAACUGUCUGGACGUGGAUGAGUGUGCAGAGGGCAAUGGGGGCUGCCAGCAGAGCUGUGUCAACAUGAUGGGCAGCUAUGAAUGCCACUGCCGAGAUGGCUUCUUCCUCAGUGACAACCAGCACACCUGUAUCCAGCGGCCAGAAGAAGGAAUGAACUGCAUGAACAAGAACCACGGCUGUGCCCACAUUUGCCGGGAGACUCCGAAGGGGGGCAUUGCCUGUGAAUGCCGCCCUGGCUUCGAGCUCACCAAGAACCAACGGGACUGUAAAUUGACCUGCAACUACGGUAACGGUGGCUGCCAGCACACAUGCGAUGACACAGAGCAGGGUCCUCGGUGCGGCUGCCACGUCAAGUUUGUGCUCCAUACGGACGGAAAGACAUGCAUUGGGGAAAGGCGCCUAGAGCAGCACGGGCCCACUCAGGCCGUUUCUAAUGAGACCUGUGCCGUCAACAACGGAGGCUGUGACAGUAAGUGUCACGAUGCAGCGACCGGCGUCCACUGCAGCUGCCCUGUGGGUUUCAUGCUGCAGCCAGACAGAAAGACCUGCAAAGACAUAGACGAGUGCCGCUUACACAACGGGGGCUGUGACCACAUCUGCCGCAACACAGUGGGCAGCUUUGAAUGCAGCUGUAAGAAGGGCUACAAGCUUCUCAUCAACGAGAGGAGCUGCCAGGAUAUAGAUGAGUGUUCCUUUGAUCGAACCUGUGACCACAUGUGUGUCAACACUCCGGGAAGCUUCCAGUGUCUCUGUCAUCGAGGCUACCUUCUGUAUGGCAUCUCUCAUUGUGGGGAUGUGGAUGAAUGCAGCAUCAAUAAGGGGGGCUGCCGCUUUGGCUGCAUCAACACCCCAGGCAGCUAUCAGUGUACCUGCCCGGCAGGCCAGGGCCGCCUCCACUGGAACGGAAAGGAUUGCACAGAGCCAGUGAAGUGCCAGAGCAGUUCUGGAGCCUCAAAAGCCAUGCUCAGCUGCAGUCGCUCGGGCAAGAAGGAUACCUGUGCCCUGACCUGCCCCUCCCGCGCCCGGUUCUUACCAGAGUCAGAGAACGGAUUCACAGUGAGCUGCGGUACCCCGAGCCCUAAAGCUGCUGCAGGUCGAGCCAUUCACCCGGGCAACAGCACCAUCUCCAACUCCUGCCAUGAGGCUGCAGUGCUGCCAGUCAAGCAGAGGGCCUCCUUCAAGAUCAAGGACGCCAAAUGUCGUCUGCAUCUGCGAAACAAAGGCAAAGCGGAGGAGGCCAGCGGCAGAACCCCGGGGCCAGGUGGUGCCUCCUGCUCUGACUGCCAGGUCACCUUUAUCCAUCUUAAGUGUGACUCUUCUCGGAAGGGCAAGGGCAGACGGGCCCGGACCCCUCCAGGCAAGGAGGUUACCCGACUCACCCUGGAAUUAGAAGCUGAGGUCAGAGCAGAAGAAACGACAGCUGGCUGUGGGCUGACUUGCCUCCGACAGCGGAUGGAACGAAGGCUGAAAGGGUCCCUGAAGAUGCUCAGAAAGUCCAUCAACCAGGACCGGUUCCUGCUGCGUCUGGCCGGCCUUGACUAUGAGCUAGCCCACAAGCCAGGCCUGGCAGCUGGGGACCGAGCAGAGCUAGUGGAGGUCUGCCGACCCGGGCAGCACCGAGCAGGCACCAAGUGUGUCAGCUGCCCGCAGGGAACGUAUUACCACGGCCAGACGGAGCAGUGUGUGCCAUGCCCAGCGGGCACCUUCCAGGAGAGGGAAGGGCAGCUCUCCUGCGACCUUUGCCCUGGGAGUGAUGCCCACGGGCCUCUUGGAGCCACCAACGUCACCACGUGUGCAGGUCAGUGCCCACCUGGUCAACACUCAGGGGAUGGAUUUAAGCCCUGCCAGCCCUGCCCACGUGGCACCUAUCAGCCCGAAGCAGGACGAACCCUGUGCUUCCCCUGUGGCGGAGGCCUCACUACCAAGCACGAGGGGGCAGUCUCCUUCCAGGACUGUGACACCAAAGUCCAGUGCUCCCCGGGCCACUACUACAACACUAGCAUCCAUCGCUGUAUCCGCUGUGCUGUGGGCUCCUACCAGCCAGACUUCCGCCAGAACUUCUGCACCCGCUGCCCAGGAAAUACAAGCACGGACUUCGAUGGCUCUACCAGUGUGGCCCAGUGCAAGAAUAGGCAGUGUGGCGGGGAGCUGGGUGAGUUCACUGGCUACAUCGAGUCUCCCAACUACCCGGGUAACUACCCAGCUGGUGUGGAGUGCAUCUGGAACAUCAACCCCCCACCCAAGCGCAAGAUCCUCAUUGUGGUCCCUGAAAUCUUCCUGCCGUCCGAGGACGAGUGUGGGGACGUCCUGGUCAUGAGAAAGAACUCCUCCCCAUCCUCCAUCACCACGUAUGAGACCUGCCAGACAUACGAGCGGCCCAUCGCCUUCACCGCCCGGUCCAGGAAACUCUGGAUCAACUUCAAGACCAGCGAGGCCAACAGCGCGCGUGGUUUUCAGAUUCCCUAUGUAACCUACGAUGAGGACUAUGAGCAGCUGGUGGAAGAUAUAGUGCGGGAUGGCCGGCUGUACGCCUCUGAGAACCACCAGGAGAUCCUAAAGGAUAAGAAGCUUAUCAAGGCCUUCUUUGAGGUCCUGGCCCACCCCCAAAACUACUUCAAGUACACAGAGAAACACAAGGAGAUGCUGCCAAAGUCCUUCAUCAAGUUACUGCGCUCCAAGGUCUCCAGCUUCCUGAGGCCUUACAAAUAGUGCCUGUGGGCUCCGAGACCCGGGUUUCAGAGCUCCCACCUCCCUGGCCCUCAGAGCUGGCACCCCGACCUCAGACAACAAACUGUCUUCUCCUCUUGGAGGAGCGAUACCACGACACCAGGCACUCUCCCCUUCUGUCUUUCUAGUUACCUUGCCUUCCUUCUGUCUCUCUCCUGGAAAAGUCAUUCAGUGCUGUCUGUUCCCCCCAGGGGUGAAGGAAUAGACACCCUCUACCCCUCUGCCAUUAUACUGCGGUGCCUUGCUAGCCAGGAGCCAAAAGAUUCCUCCCUCAGCAGCCUGUGAUCCCCAGAGUGACUCUUCCCAGCCCAGAGUCCUGCCAAAGAAGCCUUUGACAUGGCAGGUUUAUCCCGACUGGGCUGCUGGGGCACACACUUUGAGCCCUGGGGUGCCCACACAGUUGGUGUCCUCAUCUGUGGAGCUCCUUGCUCUGACUGGGGCUGACUCCGUAGGGUUUACAAGUUUCCAUACUGCUGGGCUGGCAAACCCCUGCCAGGGAAGGGAGAACAGCAGGCAGGGGCCCCAGACAUACAAAGCUCUCAGAUAGCUCUGCAGGACAGAAAGCAGCUUUUCAAAACAUUGCCCAAAACAAAGGAAAGAAAAUGUAUUGCCUAAAGGAGCUCCCUGCAGAACAAGUAGAAGCCAGCCUCAAACACUAACCCUUUCCUUGCCAGCCCUCUGUGCCAGCUGUGCCCUCACCCUACCUAAGGGCUCCCUGGGGAGCCUGUUAAGUGCUGUCCCUAGAGAAACCUGGCUGUUGGCUCUCCGGGUCUGGACCUUGCUCCACGGUUGUUUUUCCCUUGUAGCCCCAGGUGGCUUGUGGGCUCCAGCAAAGAGGAUGGGCUCUGCAGUCAGCCUGGAGCUGCCUACCUCUAGCUUCAGGCUGUGGGCAGCAGGAGGAGUGAGUGAGUGCCCUUGGCAAGCUGCCUGCCCACCCUCUCCACAUCUGAGAAGUGCAAUCAUUUUGAGUCUUUCUGUGUUGUCUAGAGGGAGGGGUUUUUUGUUUGUUUCUUUUUCCUCUUAGCUUAGCCCUAUUUAUAGCUGCCCAGGAGGGCUGUGUUGGGAGUGGAGGAACAGCAGUCUGACUGUCAGCAGCCUUAAGAGCCAGAGCAUCUCAUCUGUCUCUGUCCUAGCUGAGGCCGCCCAGAACUUCAGAGCCCUCGGCUGUGCAAGCCCUCAGAGGCGCCCAAGGCACCGGAGACCAGCUCCGUAAAGUGAUGGGGCGGGAGGAAGAGGCUUCCUGCCUGAGCCAAUGCUGCCUUCCUUGUGUCUGUCUCUGUGGAUUCGUGGUCACAGAUGCAGAUGGACUGGUCAGGAAUCUCCUGCGAGUAGGGACAACCUGUCUUCCUGCUUCAUGCUCUCUCCUGACAUACCAUGGAAGAGCAUCAGGAUGGCCAGCGAAAGCUCCCAGGACGUCCAGAGGCUGGAGCAGCCUCAACUUGGAUAGUUAGCCAUGUAUGAAGCUGGUGAAGGAACAAGAAGCAGACAUGUGCCUGACACUGGCUGCCUGCCUCCUGGAGCUGACUCAAGCCUGUUUCGACUACUGUUUCAAAAGGAAGAAAGGCGUCUGUGCCCGGGCCCAGGCUCUACCCAUGCUCUACCCUUAACCCAGUUGCUGCCUGUAAAGUCUCCAAUUGUUCCUUCUCCUUCCCCUGAGGCUGGAGUCCUGGACAGCCACCGUGAGUCCUCAGGUCCAACUCUAGGUAACUGCCAAGAGUUUCAACUACCAAAAAGUCUGAUCCUCACACACACAGCAAACAAGGCCAGCUUCCGGGACACAUUAGCCAACAUGGUCAGGGUGGGGUGGGGGUCAGAGGCUAUUGUAAAGCUGUUAAAUGGCUUCAUACAAAGGGGUGACUGGGCAUUUAGAGGGAUGUCUGUGCUUCCCCAGAAGCGCUCCAGAACAGCCUGGAUCAACUCUGAUCGUCCUAAUAGGAGCAUGGAUAACUGCAGAUCCUCUCUCCCUGCCAUUCUGCCCAGCUCCUGGAAAGCCACACCGUGACAGUGCCUCCCAAUGUGUGCCUUUAGGGUGUAGCUUCUCUGCAUUCCCGUCACACAUCACACAUGCACAGACAUUUCCUCUAAUCAUUUACUCUAUGGCUGAUGGAGUGGCGCAUGAGAUCCACCAUACGGAGAGAGCAGCCACUAGACUUAGCUGGUUAAUGGAGAGAGCAGCCACUAGACUUAGCUGGUUAAUGGAGAGAGCAGCCACUAGACUUAGCUGAUGUCAAGGAGGAUGGAGGAGAUCAAGCGAGCACUUGAGCUGUCAACCGAGUUGGCAGUUAGGAAUCCAGGCAGAGCUACAGAGGAUCCUGGCCCUGAGGCACCAACCGAGUUGGCAGUUAGGAAUCCAGGCAGAGCUUACAGAGGAUCCUGGCCCUGAGGCACCAACUCUCGGGGCUCAGUGGACUGAAUGAGGAGUUAGGAACUCAGGGACUUUCUAGGACUGCACAGGUAGAACGAAAGAGGUUUCCAGGAGGAAGUGGGAGGCUGGGGAGACGGUGUGAACAGGAACCCUUCGUGACCUGACCCAGAAGCUUCUCUGUGAGCUCUGGUGCUUUUGGGGUCACAUAACUGUGGCACCUCAUCCAUCCUAGCACGAGACCUGCCCUGAACUGAGUCCCAGUGUGGGAAUCCACUUCCACAAGCGAGUGACCGUCAAGCAGGCACCUCGACGCCUCUUUAGCCCUCUGCCUCUAUUUGUGUCGUCAGGCCUGAGGUAACAGGAGAGGUCCGACCAGAGCCUGGACUUUAGCUGCCCACCCUAUGCCUACGGUGACCCUUUGAGGACUGCCAUCGGGCCUCCCUCUGCUCAUUUCCCCGGGAGGUGGAGAGGACAGGUUUAUUGCUUCAAGUUCAGUGGUACGGUCUGGGCUCUGGCUCCUAUGAGUCUUUGUGAAUCUGUGAAGGGUUCUCCAUGUGCAUGUCUGAGGUGACUCUUAAAUGGAUUAGGAAGUCGUAUCUCGGUGUGUAAGAGAAAGCUAUCGCACAUUUAAGGGUCUGUGUUUGCUCCUGAGCUUCAAGGCAGGAGAGCAGAGCAUGUUACCCCACCUGGUUCCUUUCUUAAGCAGACAUCACGAAGGAAACCUUGACAUUGGACCUGUCUCAAAGCUGGCACACUCUGUCUUUCUGCCAUUAUUUCGUUCGACUAGGAAUCCUUUGAGAGCUAGAAGGACUAGAAGCCCAGUUCUGCGAUCAGCUUCCUGAGACAAACAAGCUCAAAACUUUGUUCUAUGUAAGUUGGAACUUUCAGAGAAUAAUUAUCACGUGGAUGGCUUUUUUUUAAUGCAAAAGAAAAAGAUCUCAAAAUACUGUAUUUAUAUCUGCCUUCUACCGCCUCCCACACAGCGAGCAUCUCAGCCAACAACAGACAGCAGCAAUGUGGUACACAGAGUAUUUUGCACUUGGGGGAAAAAUAUGUAUCUGAACUUGUAAAAAGGAAUGUUUGGAUUUUGUAUUGUCUUUUUUAUAUUAUUAAAAUACUAAAUGAAA